CAAGGUAGAAAAAGGAGUCACAAACACAACACACGAAUGAUUGGGGCUGCUAUUAGUACAUUGAUAGAAAGAUUGAGGGAACGGAAUGGAUUCUAUCGGUCGCCGGAAUCCACCGACUGCGCCUGGUCCUCAGCUGGCCCGCAAGUGUUACAAUGUGGAUGAUGGCAGCAGCGAUGGCAGCGAUAGUGAUAACUCGUCACUAGUCAUCCUUUCACCUUCCCGAGRUCAUACGAAAUCGUUUGACAAAAUAAGAGAAAAUCCGAUUCAUUUGACGAGGGAUUUUGAUCUCGUCCUCGAAACUUCAACUGCUGACACUCCGAACAACUAUUGCAAGGACGUCAAGAUACCCGCGAAAAAGAAGCCUCCWCAGACAACUGCAACGAAAAUUGCCGAUGUCGUUUCGAAUAAAUCGAAAGUUACCUCAGAKGGAAGGGGGACGUUGAAUGUUUUGCCUCUACUGGACGAAUCCGACACCGGUGAUGACUCAGAUGAUGAUAAUUUUUUGUUAAGAUCGAAACGGAYAUUUGGCCCUUCGAAAAAGYWACACUUCAAGGRAAAUUCGAAGCAGAAAAUGAAGCGAGUGCGUGAGRACCAAAAGGAAAAAGAGAAACAAGACCGUAUUCGAAGACGCAAGGAAGUGAAAGAAGCAAAAGAACUUAAAAAACAGAAGGAUAAGAUAACAAAGAAACGACAAAACGAGGAAUAUAACCAAGCUACGGGAAAGUAUAGUCACGAAGAAAUUGCGGUGUUGCUUGACGCGGAAUUGUAUACAGACAACAGUYAUGGGUUGAAGUCGCGUCUAUCCGAAGACUUCUUUGUCUACCGAUUUCCUAGUCGGCUACCAACACCGGCAAAAGCAAUCCAAUUCAUUCGGAAGGACAAACUUUUGGGUGGUGCGAAAGAUGCCGUCUUGUGUCUCGAAGCCGAAAGAACCGGAGGUAGAUCUAAUUURGAUAAUAAUCCUGGCUACGAACACAUUGAAUAUCUUGUUGUUCUCUUCGAGCCGGACGAGUUUAUUCCAUUGCUGCGUCGAGAUGCCCAUGACGAAGAAGACGAUUAUCCAGCGCUAGAAUCAUGGUUGGAUACUCUUCGAACACAAUGGCAACGAAUCUGGAAGCAGAAUUGUUUGGAACCAAAAAUAAUAUUCCUCCUUUAUGACAUGCCGGACGCAUUGGACAAGAAAUGGCUCGCGUAUCGACGCCGCACCCAGAAUGUCAGCAGAAACGAGGCCCCUCUACCGACCGUGAAAGAAUUGCAAGAUGCAAUGCAAUGGGUACUGGUACAAUUCCAGGUGGAAUGCAUCCUCUGCCCGACUGUCGAACUUCUCCAAUCGACUAUACACAAAAUGGCCAGGGGCUUAUGCGAGAAACCCUACGUAAGCCAAGUUACCGAACUCGAGUGCAUAAAAAAGAUCAAACAGGGGUUUAUAGGAUCAGACGAUCCACUCGAGAAAGCCAAGGAUGUAUGGCUUCGUCAGCUCCAGCAGAUACCCGGAUUAUCCAUAACUAAGGCGCAGCAUAUUACCGAGCAUUUUCCAACCAGCCAAUCUUUAUGGCAGGCCUAUCAGUGGGAGCAUUAUUACCAGCAGCAUGAAGACAAUACGUACAACGCAGAUGCCGUCUGUUCGUCUCUGCUCGAGGACAAGUUCUCGGCCGACAAUAAACGGUAUAAGAAACUUUCUGACUCGGUCUACAGAGUUUUGACUUCGAAUGAUCCAAACGAAAUGAUCCUCUGAUAUCUGGAGAUUCUUUCCCGCAAGAAUGGCAACGAUAUUAGUUUUUAAAACAAACGCUAUUUGGGUCCAAAUGUUUGGAAGACAAUGUAUCAUAUUUGGGUGUGACAUGCAGAGAUGGUWAUAUCAUCCUAAGCAAUAGAUCCAUGAAAAAUGA